UUAACCAAACUAUCAACAGAGUACUGGGUAUAAUAAAUAAUUAAAUUGCGCGAAGGGAGCUGCAGCUGAAUUGCUGAUGUAAGGGGUUCAGUGCAGCAUUUCAUGUCGCAGAGUGGAAGGAAGCCUUGCAAUCUGCCCGGGGUUUAUUGCUAUCUCACACAUGCAAGUCCGACAAAAAAUAUGCUGUCAAUAGUUAAAAACUGCGUGUUAUUUUCAGUUGUGUGCUUGUACAUAGCUACGCCGAUUUCUUUAAAAAGGGUUUCCAGAUGUCCUUCAGCAUGCAGCUGUUCCAAGGAGUCCAUCAUUUGUUUUGGAUCUUCCUAUGUCCCAAGGAUCAUCCCGAACGACAUUAAUUCACUGAGCAUUGUCAACGGGUCCUUCUCCGAGAUCAAGGAGACCAUGUUUGCUCACAUGCCAUCUCUCCAACUCCUACUUCUUAAUUCAAAUUCAGUGAUGACAAUAAGGGACGAUGCAUUUUCUGGCCUUCCACACCUGGAGUACCUGUUCAUUGAGAGUAAUAAGAUAGAGACUGUCUCCAAAUAUUCCUUCAGAGGACUCAGGGACCUGACUCACCUGUCUUUGGCAAACAAUAAAUUAAAAGCGUUACCCAGGGAUUCCUUCAUCGACCUGGACUCAUUGAUAGAGCUUGACCUGCGAGGAAAUGCCUUUGAGUGUGACUGCCGUGCGAAGUGGCUGAUGAUAUGGCUGAAGAGCACCAAUGCCACGGUUUCCGAUGUCAUUUGUGCCGGACCCAAGGACAUGAAGGACAAGCGGCUGAAUGACAUGGCCAGCCUGCACAAUGAAUGCAUCUCCACUGAUUUUAUCCACCAUCAGUCGGUGCCAUCAGAGUCUCUGUCUGUGGACACAUUCUCUUAUAAAAAUGACGUCUAUGUGGCCAUCGCUGCACCCAACACAGAGAGUUGUAUGGUUUUACAGUGGGACCACAUUGAGAUGAACUUCAGGACUUAUGACAAUAUCACAGGCCAGUCAAUCGUUGGGUGCAAAUCGGUCAUCAUCCAGAACCAGGUCUUUGUCAUAGUGGCCCAGCUCUUUGGUGGUUCUCACAUAUACAAGUUUGAUGAAGACCAGAGCAGGUUCAGCAAGUUUCAGGAUAUCGAGGUAUCCAAGAUCUCCAAGCCCAACGACAUUGAAGCCUUCCAGAUUGCUGGCGAGUGGUUCUUUGUAAUUGCCGAUAGCUCAAAGGCGGGGCUCUCCACUCUCUACAAGUGGAACGACAAGGGCUUCUACUCCUAUCAGUCCCUGCAUGAGUGGUUCCGUGACACUGAUGCUGAGUUUGUGGAUCUGGAUGGCAAGUCCCACCUCAUCUUGGCCAGCCGCUCCCAGGUGCCUGUAAUCUACCAGUGGAGCAGAAAUGCCCAGACGUUUGCCCUGCAGGGAGAGAUCCCCAACAUGGAGGAUGUGGUGGCCGUCAAGACCUUCCGAGUCAAGGAGGACCUCUACCUGGCCAUGACGCGCUAUAUAGGUGACUCUAAGGUACUUCGCUGGAGUGGCAAACAGUUUAUGGAGAUCCAAUCCCUGCCCUCACGAGGUGCUAUGAUUCUCCAGCCAUUCUCCUUCAAAGAGCGCCACUAUCUGGCCCUGGGCAGCGACUAUACCUUCUCACAGAUCUACCUGUGGGACGCUGAUAAGAAACUCUUUGAGCGCUUCAAAGAGGUGUACAUCAUGGCGCCACGCUCCUUUACCGUGGUAUCCACCGACCGCCGGGACUUCAUUUUCUCCUCCAGCUUCAAGGGCAAUACGCAGAUCUUUGAGCAUAUCAUCAUCGACUUGAGCUUAUGAGAUAGCCAGGGCUUCAGCCCCUGCAUCUUAUGUCUUCCAUUAUAAACGUUGACAUUUUUGUGGGGGAAAGGAGGGAGAAGGGGCCAAGAGAGGGAGAGGUAACUCAAGCAGCAUUAUCAAAUAUUUUUUCCUAUUAAGCACCUCUUGUGUUUGUAUACCAUUUUUAAAUCUGUCAUGUCCCUACUGUUCUAUUGACUUUUAUACGCACAGGUAAUCUCGGUUAACCCAGAACUAAAAUCUCAAGUCAUUUGGUCACCUCGGUGAUUAAGUUGUGGAUCUAUACGUGGUAGUUCCGGUUUGCAAAGUCUUUCAAAAGGUAACUCUCAGCCAACUCCUUUCCUUUUCCACAAUGUACAUUGCCUUAUCAGCACAGGCAUUUUAGUGUUUUGUUUGUCCUGCUGCUGCGCCACCUAGCUAUGAACAGUGAUCACUCCCAACUGCUUUGUACAUACAGGGAAAAGUCGCAGCAGCACAAACCUUUAAUAACAAUAUUAUGUGACACAGAACCCAUGUGACACAGAACCAGAACUCUAAAACAAUCAUUAGCAGAACACAUGUAUGUUUGUAUUUUGUUUAUAUCGUUCAUAUAAGCAGUUUCACAAAUACAGUGGGGAGAACAAGUAUUUGAUAC